GUUGUCAACGCCUACAGAGGGAAGAAGAGGAUGGAGGCUCCACCCCAUAUCUUCUCCGUCUCUGACAACGCCUUUCAGUUCAUGAUGAUUGAUAAGGAGAACCAGUCUGUCCUGAUUACUGGAGAAUCCGGUGCAGGAAAGACUGUCAACACCAAGCGUGUCAUCCAGUACUUUGCUACCAUUGCAGUGUCUGGUGGCAAGAAGGAAGCAGACCCCAACAAAAUGCAGGGGUCUCUUGAGGAUCAGAUCAUUGCAGCUAACCCUCUGCUGGAGUCUUACGGUAAUGCCAAAACAGUGAGGAACGACAACUCGUCUCGCUUUGGUAAAUUCAUCAGGAUUCACUUCCAAGGUGGUAAACUGGCUAAAGCUGACAUUGAGACCUACCUGCUAGAGAAGUCCAGAGUGUCCUUCCAGCUGCCCGAUGAGAGAGGCUACCACAUCUUCUUCCAGAUGAUGACAGGCCACAAACCUGAGCUAGUUGGUAUGAAAAGAAGAGGUUUAUGGGAAAUUCUUCCCACCCCCAUCUGUGGAAUUUAUAAAAAAUAUUCAUAGUCCACAUCAAUGGCA